CUUGCUAUAACCAGCUGCUGCUGCUGCUGCGUGAAAAAUAGCCACGUAAAAAACAGAGUCGAUACAAAACUAAAGAAAUUGUUUCAACGAAACUGAAUGAAAGUAAACAACGCAGCCCAAUAUUGGAACAUGCCACAGCGGCAAGCGGCACAGCAGUUGGCAGCAGGUGAAAUGUGUGACGUUAAUGGCCAGCAAGAGCAUUUGGCAUAGAUGAAGAAACGGACACCAAACAGCUUAUUAUUAUAAACAACAUGGAUGAGAAACUAAAGUAUUCGCUGUUGCGUGGUGAGCUGGUGGACACGCAAAGCAUAUGGACAAGGCACGAGAAACGCGUUUGGUUCAUCACACUGAUAACGGGCACAUGCAUGCUGUACUCGACGCGCACAACCAUGCCACUGCUGGUGCCGGCGGUGGCAGCCGCACAAAAGUGGAGCAAAACCGAUUCGGGCACCGUUCUCAGUUCGUUCUUUUGGGGCUACACCCUGACGCAGGUGGUGGGCGGUUACUUCAGUGAUCGCUUUGGUGGCCAAAGGGUUAUACUGUUUGCAGCCAUUGGCUGGUCACUCAUCACAUUCCUGAUGCCGACGAUCAUCUGGUCGGCGGGUUCGAUCAAGAGCUAUGCCAUACCCUUGAUUGUGGCCAUACGCAUACUGAACGGCGCCUUUCAGGGCGUACAUUUUCCCAGCAUGAUCAGUCUGACCAGCCAGAACCUGUGCCCGAACGAGCGCAGCAGCUUCUUUGGCCUGCUGACUGCUGGCUCGGCCUUGGGCACCCUGCUCACGGGCAUUAUGGGCUCCUUUCUGCUCGAUUACUUUGGCUGGUCGUAUGUGUUCCGUGUAAUUGGCCUGAUGGGCAUCGCUUGGGCGUUGGUCUUGCGCUACUAUGCCAUGGCAGGAGAGCGGAAUCGAAUCAUCAACAUUGCCACACCCUCGCGACUGUGCUCAAACAGAACGCCAGCGGAGACGGCUGUGCCCUGGCUGCGCUACUUCAGUCGGCUAUCCUUUUGGGCCUGCGUACUGACGCAUGCCUGCGAGAUGAAUUGCUUCUUUGUGCUGCUCUCGUGGCUGCCCACCUACUUCCACGAUGGCUUUCCGCACGCCAAGGGCUGGGUGGUCAACAUGAUACCCUGGCUGGCCCUGCCCCCAUGCACACUGUUCGCCAAGUACUUGACUACGCGGCUGCUGGCACGCGAAUGGCACACCACCACGGUGAGGAAGUUCAUCCAGAGCUGUUGCUUUGCCGCCCAGAAUCUGGCGCUGUUUGUGAUGAGUCGCACAUCGGAUUUCCACACGGCGCUGAUUUGCAUGACCAUCAUCAUUGGCGGCACGGGCUUCCACAACAAUGCGGUGACGGUGAAUCCCCAGGAUCUGGCGCCGCUCCACUCGGGCAGCGUUUUUGGCCUGAUGAACACGGUGGGCGCCAUACCCGGCUUCCUCGGCGUCUAUCUGGCGGGCCACAUACUGGAGCUGACCCAGAGCUGGCCAAUGGUUUUCAGCGCAGCGGCUGGCAUUAAUCUAGUGGGUUGGAUCAUAUUUCUGGUCUUUGGCUCCGCGGAGGCCAUUGUUUAGGGUCAACGCGCUCAACGGACGUUUUUCUACGCAUUGUCAGGAAAGAAAUUUUAAUUUUUUAUUAUUUAUGUAUAUAAGGCCCAUAGUGUUAAGUAGCGAAAUCCUACGGCUCCUACGGCGUGAUAAAUAUUUAAAAAAACUC